AUGGAACUCCGGGACCCCGUAGCAACGAUGGCGCUGUCAUUUGGCCAACAAGUCAAGCAAGCUCUGGGCUUAAAAGGUCUAUUUCUCAGAAAUCCAAAGCAGGCCUCUCUCGACAGUCAUGCUGCUGGCCAGUUCAAUCGCAAACACUCCUUUAGCAGCCACAUUUUACGGCGAACGGCCAGUGCACCCACCAAGAGCCAGAAGAAACCCAAGAAGGGCUUCCCCGAGAUUGCCAUCGACACCAAAGACAACAGUUCCGAAGGGGCCAGCGAGGACCGCGAAGUUGAAGACUCCUCCCGCCCUCGUUUUGAUCAAGAGCCUGAGUGCGCGUCACCAGCACCACCUUUUCGAGACGAUGCCAACAGAGAGGUUCAAGGAAAGGGGUUGAAAGAUGUCCGCCAAUUCUCAAUGCAGAGGUCAACCACUUCAUUAUGUAGCCUGGAGACUAUCGCUGAAGAACCCUUUAUUGCCAAUGAGAACCAGCCUGCUGGUUUUUGCUUCCCUCUGCCCGCCGCCCCUGCCAGUGAUCCCAGUGAAGGAUCUGUGCCUAAUCACUCCCGUGAAAUCAGAUCAGACAGAGGCAGCCCAUCAGAGGAACCUGAGAAAGCUCCGCUAAGGCAGUACAUGGUGGCAGUUCCAGAAGAAAAAAGGCCUCUUGCUCCCAACACUGCCAUUGCCAGCAUGUCACAACAGGGAGAUGUCCGGAAAAGCAGCCAAGAAGCAAAUGGCUGGGGAGAGGUUCAUAGCAGUGUGAACUGGCCUGGUUUACAAACUCAAGACAACUUAGCAUUGGCCAACCAGUGGCCCCCUUCAGCUGGAAGUUUCCUGGAGCAAAGAGAGAGCCUCAAGAGAACCGUGGACAGCACCGGAGCUGGGCCAUCACAUCAAAGCAGCACCACACCAACUUCCUCUCGCGAAUCUACUCCCGUAACUCAGUCUACCACCUUCCCUGAGUCUCAUGUGGUAGUGAGGCGGUCCAAGAGUGAAGGGCACAAACUUUGCGACUGCUCAAGGCGUCCUGGUGGUUUCUCCCCGGCAGCUGAAGUCUACUCUGAUGCCACAGUCAAUGACCGUAUCUGGAGCAAACUAGACUCCAGCAGCCACCGGGAUAGUAUGUCUUCCUCAUCCAGUAUGUCCUCCAAUGACACAGUCAUAGAUCUCUCCUUGCCCAACCUUGCUCGGAAAAGCCUCCCAGACCUAGGUAUCCGGCAUGAGAAUUUCGAAGUUGUUGCUGAGAGAAGAGUGGCUCGCCCGUGGUCUGCGAAUGCUGCCUCUGGGCGUGAAAUGGCCAUGGUGACUAAGAGCAAAUCCAACCCCAACUUGAGGUCAGGCCAGCCAAUGGAAGAUGAACUGUGCCCUAGACCCCUAGCCAGGGGCCCCGAGGUCGGUUUGUUGUCCGUCCCCAGAAAGCACACCUGGAGCAGGCUGUACAUGGAAAGUCUCAGGCAGUCGUAUCUGAAACCCAAAGAUCUGGAGAAAGCGGAGCCCAACCAGGCCAAAUCCAAAAGCCUCGGAGACCUUACCUCAGACGACAUCUCGUGCACCUUUGAAAGCAAGUACCGCAGCAUCAGCCGGAGCUUCGUCACCCGCUCCAUGCGGGAGCAGCACCGCUGUGCGGCUGCCAGGUCCUCAGCGAAGCCCCCGGACGAGCUAAUGGAGCGCUUGAAGAAGCUGACCACCUUCCAGCUGGAGAAUGACAUCACUUCACCCACCAGCCUCGAGCCGAAUGAAUCCGAGGAGGAAGAGGAAGGGAUGGGCCUCCUCCGAAGGUCCUCGUCCCGGAGCCAGAGCAGGGUGCGGUACAUCGCCAACCGGGCCAAGCAGGCACAAGAGAGGCAGAGGCUGAAAAACUUGGCUCUGGUCAACGGGAGUCCCAUCGAGGAGCGGGGUAACCCCGAAGGCGCCUGCAGCUUUGCAAGAGGGGCCUGUAUGGACACAGCUUCCCCCGGUCUGUUUACAUCUCCGCUCAAGAAUCAAACUGACUUGAACACCGAGGCCGUCUAUAUGUUCAAACUCUAACACUGGGAAGGGCUGAACGAAGUGGAUGUUUACAUUCUUGUCCGCGCAAAACCAACCGUUUUAUCUUGUUUAUUUUUGUAAAAAAUGCUCAAGGAGCAGAAUGCCCUCCUUGACAGAGAACGCUUCCUCCUCCUUCCAGCCUCCCAAGGACAAUUCCUUGUGGGGGGGAAAUAAAUGCAAAAUCUGUAGCACUUAAUAUGGAAAGGGGCCAAGCAGUAUUUCCCGGGGAUGGGGAGUGAUGGUGGUUGAGAUACCUCGCUCUGUUAUCCCUGGAAGGCGUGUCCGAGCAUGCGCACAACCAUUCUGUCCUCCCUUUUGUGGCUUAUCUUUCUUCAGCUACAAAACCAGUAAGAUAGAGUCCCUGACAACAUCAGAAACCAUCCCCUUUCUAUUGAUGUC